UGAAUUUUCUAUGAGCGAAGAAAAUAGGUUAAAUUCAAAAAGACGUAAACAUUAUAUUUUAGAAUGAAAAGUUAGUUAUUUUUGAGACAAAUUAAUUAAUUUCUUGAAUAAAAAUGAUGCAAUUAUUCAGAAAAGAGUCGAUUAAAUCGAAAAGUAAUAAUAAAGUUUCUUACAAUGAAAGUGCCCCAGAAAAACGGAAUAAAAGAAGAAAAAAACGCAAGUCAAUAUUGUUCAAACCAGGAAAACGUGCCAAACUAAUGAAGCCUAGUGAUGCCAGUGAUACUUCGGAAAUAUCAGUUUCUUUACAUGAAGAAAAAACAAUUCAAUCUGAUGGAAAAAGUGAUUUUGACAAUGAUCUUUCUAAUGGCAUAAGCGACUGCGAAGAAUACUGUAACUCAAGUAUAAACACAGCUAUUUCAAAUUCUAGUAGUUUAUUGAGCGAAUUCUUCAAAGAUACAUCAGAUGAAAUUAAUGAUGAAGAUAAUAAUUUUAUUGUCAGUGAUAAAGCUGUUGAAUCGUUCAAAAAAAAAAAUAGUUUGUCGUUGGAAGAAAAAAGUGAUGGUUCAAAUGAUAGUAUAGAGUCAACACUAAAUGAAUUGAUAGAAAAUUCACAAAUUGAUGAAGAAUCAGAUUCGGAUACAGCUGAUUCAGGAUGUGAAAUACACGAAUGUGAUAAAGAUUACAUUGUAAUUUUGAAAUAUUCUCAAACUCUAAAAAUAUUUGGAUUCUGUGAUUUGAAAGUUUUACAUGGGAAAAUAAAUAUCUUAGGAUAUGCUUUGAAUAAUUCUAUGGAAAAACAUAGUAUUUAUUCACCUAAAGGAACUGCACUUCUCACUUUAAAGAAUACUUCUAAUUAUUGUGAUGAAUCACGUAAAAUGAAAACCCUUGUUACUAAGUUGUCAAAACAUCCAAUACUCAAAGAUUUAGAGGUGAGAAGAGAUAGUAGUGUAUUGAUGUUUAUGAAAAAACAUGACUUCACACUGGACUUCAUAGAAAAGCAUAUUUCCCAGUGGAUUGUGCCUACAAAAACUUCUUUCCCUUGUGUUGAAAUAAAUCCAAAAGGUAAUUGGAAUACCAUUAAUAUACCAGAGGAAUGGAGUAAAGUAGUUCAAAAUGCUACUGGACAGUCUAAAAUUUUAAUUUGUGGUGGAAAAGGUGUUGGAAAAAGCACAUUUUUAAGAUAUGCAGUGAAUUGUUUAUUACAGAAAUAUAAAUUUGUAAGGGUAGUUGAUUUAGACCCUGGACAGUCAGAGUUCAGUGCACCAAGUACUUUAUCUGUAUUUAAUAUCGAGGAACCAUUGUUGGGUAUCAAUUAUACGCAUCUGAAGACAGCUGACAGGUCCGUUUUGAGUGAUAUAAAUAUUGCACCAGAUCCUGAUAAAUUUAUCGAGUGUAUACAAGAAUUGAAAAGAAAAGGUUUAUACAUAGACAAUAUCCCUACUAUAAUCAACACAAUGGGUUUUAUAGAUGAUAUUGCCUUUCACCUGAUCUCUAAUACUGUAGCUAUCUUGCAACCAAACCAAAUCGUCUAUAUUGAAAGUACCAAUAAAAAGAAAAAUUUCAAAGUAGAAAUGGCCAAAAAAACAUUGAAUGAAUAUGUGAAAUUAUUUGACUCCAAUUUAAAACUCAAUUUUCCGUUUGAAAUUGUAAAUAUUCCUUCAGCUACAGACGAAAAUGUCGGUUGGACUCUGCAACCUCGUCAGAUGAGAGAAAUGUGCAUAUUGUCUUAUUUUGGAAAAAAUAUGACUGAAAACUGCAAUACUUUACAGGAUUAUAGGCUUCCUAUGUUCGAGGUCGACUUGAUAGAUGUGUCGAUUACAGAUAGAAAUAAUUCUAAUGUUCCUGUGGAAGCAGCAAAUGCUAAUAUCGUGGGUUUAUGUUGUCUUGCUAACGAAGAAAAUUCCAUUUUUGAAUGUUUUGGAUGGGGAAUUGUGAGGUGCCACAAUCCUUCUGCUAGAAAGAUCCUUUUGAUUACUCCAGUGAAUAAGGACGUUUUAGAGAAAGUAACUCAUCUCGUAGUGGGUUGUUUGACCCUCCCACCAUCAGUUUAUAUGAACCAGGAAGGAGUUGUGGGUCACAUCCCUUACGUUUUCGUGUCGGACUUGACUGGAUUCGCUCAAAUGUCCAAACGUACAAGGAUACCCUUCAAUUCGCACAAGAAAUGAAAAAAAAUUUGAUUUUGAUGUUGAAUUUUGUUAUUUGAGAUGGAUUUCGCUGAUAUAUAAGUUUUAAAUGUAAAUUUUUAUGGAUUUUAUUAAAACCAA